AUGAAUACCAUCGAGAUCAUGCGGCGGGUAUUUGCUCAGCAUGGGGUUUGUGUAGAGCUCGUGUCUGAUAAUGGAAGACAGUUUGUGGCUGAGGAAUUUAAAGAGUUCAUGACCCAAAAUGGUGUAAAGCAUAUACCGAUACCCGCUUAUCACCCAAACAGUAAUGGGCAGGCCGAAAAUACAGUAAGAACAUUCAAACAAGGAAUGAAAAGGGCGAUGAGAACAUUGCAAUCGUGUAAUACAUCUUUAAAUACCAAGUUGUGUCAGUUUCUACUGACUUACCGAACUUCACCUCACUGUACAACAAAGCGUACGCCUGCAGAGCUCAUGGGUCGGCAGUUACGCACUCGCCUUGAUUUACUACACCCAGAUGCAUCUCAGCGAAUUGAAAGAAAAGCCUCAGAGAACUAG